UGACGUCAGCGACGGCAGCCGCGGCGGAUCAGCUGGAGGCGGCCGCAGCGCGUCCGGGCUUCGCGGGGGCUGCGGCAGAGGCCGCGGCGGGGACGGAGCCGUCAUGGGGGAACUGUUCCGCAGCGAGGAGAUGACCCUGGCCCAGCUCUUCCUUCAGUCCGAGGCCGCGUAUUGCUGUGUCAGCGAGCUGGGCGAGCUUGGGAAGGUCCAGUUCCGCGACCUGAACCCAGACGUGAACGUGUUCCAGCGCAAAUUCGUUAAUGAGGUCAGGAGAUGCGAAGAAAUGGACCGAAAGCUAAGGUUUGUCGAGAAGGAGAUUAAAAAAGCAAACAUUCCUAUCAUGGACACUGGUGAAAACCCAGAGGUGCCUUUUCCACGUGAUAUGAUUGACUUGGAGGCGAACUUUGAGAAAAUCGAAAACGAGCUUAAAGAAAUCAACACAAACCAGGAGGCUCUGAAGAGAAACUUCUUGGAGCUGACGGAAUUAAAGUUCAUACUGCGUAAAACUCAGCAGUUUUUUGAUGAGGCUGAAUUGCAUCAUCAGCAGAUGGCGGAUCCAGACCUGUUGGAGGAAUCCUCUUCGCUCCUGGAACCAAGUGAGAUGGGAAGAGGCACCCCACUACGACUUGGGUUUGUGGCUGGUGUGAUCAACCGAGAGCGCAUCCCCAUGUUCGAGCGCAUGCUGUGGCGAGUGUGCCGAGGGAACGUCUUCCUGCGGCAGGCGGAGAUCGAAAACCCGCUGGAGGACCCCGUAACGGGAGACUAUGUGCACAAGUCGGUGUUUAUCAUCUUCUUCCAAGGCGACCAGCUGAAGAACAGAGUCAAGAAGAUAUGUGAAGGAUUCCGUGCCUCCCUCUACCCAUGCCCAGAAACGCCACAGGAGCGGAAGGAAAUGGCUUCUGGUGUCAAUACCAGAAUUGAUGAUCUUCAGAUGGUGCUGAACCAAACAGAGGAUCAUCGCCAAAGGGUUUUGCAGGCAGCUGCUAAAAAUAUCCGUGUCUGGUUCAUCAAAGUACGCAAGAUGAAGGCCAUCUACCAUACCCUGAACCUGUGCAACAUCGAUGUGACACAGAAGUGCUUGAUUGCUGAAGUCUGGUGUCCCGUUGCUGACCUCGAUUCCAUCCAGUUUGCUCUCAGGAGAGGCACUGAGCACAGCGGAUCUACUGUCCCAUCUAUUUUAAACAGGAUGCAAACCAAUCAGACCCCACCAACAUACAAUAAAACUAACAAGUUUACUUGUGGCUUCCAAAACAUUGUUGAUGCUUAUGGCAUUGGAACAUACCGGGAAAUAAAUCCAGCACCCUACACGAUCAUCACCUUCCCGUUUCUGUUUGCGGUGAUGUUUGGAGAUUUUGGCCAUGGAAUCUUGAUGACUCUGAUUGCUGUCUGGAUGGUGCUCAGGGAAAGUCGUAUUCUGUCACAGAAGAGUGACAAUGAGAUGUUCAACAUGGUUUUUAGUGGUCGAUACAUCAUCCUGCUGAUGGGACUGUUCUCCAUUUACACGGGCCUCAUCUACAACGACUGCUUCUCAAAGUCCCUUAAUAUGUUUGGUUCCUCAUGGAGUGUCCGGCCGAUGUUCUCAAAAGGAAAUUGGUCAGAUGCUGUGGUAGCAACUACUCCUCUGCUUCAGCUGAACCCUGCCAUUCCAGGGGUGUUUGGUGGACCUUACCCCUUUGGCAUUGACCCGAUCUGGAAUAUUGCCAGCAAUAAGCUGGCCUUCCUCAACUCAUUUAAGAUGAAGAUGUCUGUGAUUCUUGGCAUUAUUCACAUGCUCUUUGGUGUUGCAUUGAGUCUUCUCAACCAUAUCUAUUUCAAGAAGCCACUGAACAUAUACCUCGGUUUUAUUCCUGAAAUGAUUUUCAUGUCCUCACUCUUUGGAUACCUUGUCAUUCUCAUUUUCUACAAAUGGACAGCCUACGACGCCCACACCUCAAAGGAUGCACCAAGCCUUUUAAUACAUUUUAUCAACAUGUUUCUGUUCUCCUAUAGUGAUACCAGUAAUAAGAUGCUUUACAAAGGGCAGAAAGGCCUCCAGUGUUUCCUUGUGGUGGUGGCAUUGCUGUGUGUGCCGUGGAUGCUGGUAGCUAAACCCCUGGUCCUUCGCCAUCAAUAUUUAAGGAGAAAGCACUUGGGAACGCACAACUUCGGUGGCAUCCGGGUGGGCAACGGACCAACCGAGGAGGAUGCUGAGAUCAUUCAGCAUGACCAGCUCUCUACCCAUUCUGAGGAAGGGGAAGAGUUUGACUUUGCUGAUACUGUGGUGUACCAGGCUAUCCACACCAUCGAAUAUUGCCUGGGGUGCAUUUCAAACACUGCAUCCUACUUGAGGCUCUGGGCUCUCAGCUUAGCCCACGCACAGCUCUCGGAGGUCCUCUGGACCAUGGUGAUCCACGUUGGGCUCAGUGUGAGGACCCUGGCUGGAGGUUUUGGCCUCUUCUUCAUAUUUGCUGCUUUUGCUACCCUGACAGUAGCAAUCCUCCUGGUCAUGGAGGGGCUGUCUGCUUUUCUCCAUGCUCUCCGUUUGCACUGGAUUGAAUUCCAGAACAAGUUCUACACUGGCAGUGGAUUCAAGUUUCUCCCUUUCUCCUUCGAUACCAUCCGCGAGGGGCGGUUUGAUGAUUAACCACCCCUCUGCUCCAGCUCUGCUCGAUGUUGUGUGUUUAUGGCUCACCCUCCCCCGUGUCUCUGAGUUGCAUGUAACUCUCCCAUAGUGAAAAUAACUUAUUGCAGCAUCCCUCCAGUCUCACGAGUGACACUGGAUCAGAAGCAACUUUUUGUUCCUGGCGUUUACCACUCAGAUGUUAAGUGCACAGAGCAUCUGAGUUUGGUGUGUAACAGCGUCCUUGUGGUGUUGUGAGUUCCCCUGUCAGGCUUAUCUGGGCAGUGUGGGAAGUGCAGCUCUGGCUGCAUUGGGUAUACCAGCACAGGGAGGAAAGGCACAGCAGCUUCAGCAUGCCCAAAGCUUGCAGCUUGGGAAGAGAGGGGUGUUUAAAGGAAAAAAUAACUUUGAUCCUCUGUGUCUUCACCUCUGAUUAAACAAAGGAUGAGCAGCAGGCAGUAGACAAUCCAGGGCCUGCUUUUCCUGUCUCUGGAGCCUCCACAUAUGCCAUGUCUUAAUCUGAUAAAACCAGUCUCUCGUCCCCUGGAGGGAUUCAGCUCUUUGAACUCUAGCUGGGGCUUGAGGAGCUGAGACAAAGGGUUACAUCUCAUCCUCAGGGCAUGGUGGCUGUUUGCUCUAUUGGCUGGGAAACGCCUUGUCCUCAAAGGAAAGGCUCUUCCAUUCCUCCCUGGAGAUGACAAGCUCCUUUAACCUGCAUAUUUGCAUCCCAGGCACAACCCUGUGUUGUUUCUGGAGGCAGUGGUGGGGCUGAGGCACAUAGGCCUUGGCUGUGGGGCAAACAGUCAUCUCAGGUACUGACUUCAGAGCUUCUCCUGUGAAAACAAAGCCCCGAGGCUGCAAAGCCCUAGAGACACAUCCAGAUAACACUCUGUAGACUUGGCAUCGGCAGUGGAGGUACCAGUGAUACAUAUGCUUGGGAUCUGAGGGCCCUUGAGGGGGAACAGAAGCCAAGUCUUGACAACAUAAUCCCCUGGCAGUGGAGUCUCAGUGGUAUUUCCCUGCAGCAGCUGUUGCUUUUUCUCCUGGGCAAGAUGUAAAUAAUUUCUUGUCUUUUUCAACAUGGUGUAGCUAUAGGAGUUGUGGGGAUGUGUGUGUGUGUAGUGCUGUGUGUAACUGUUGUGUUUCGCUCACAGUGGACCUGAAGUAUUCCGUGUAUGAACAGAUUAGAACAAUAACCUGGAGUUGAGGAGGAAACCCUGCGCUGUGCAGAGUUGGUUAAAAUGAGCUGAGAAAGGUGCACUGCACACUGCAGGGGGAGUGUGUGGGCAGCUCCUGGGUCAGGGCUGUGUUUGCAGGUAGGCUGGGCUGUGUGUUCAUGUGGGUGUUUGCAGAACAAAAGGUGAAAUCAAAACACGGCCGCGGGUGAGGCAGCGGCACCAGUCCUGCUGUCCUGCUGCAACGUGCUGCUGACAGACAUACGAAUUAAACCAACUGCACAACUA